UGGGAAGUGUAUUUCAAUUCAAUGAAAACACAGCGUUACAAAACCCGGACCAGCGCGCUCAUGUAAGUGGUUGUGUAAGAGAAAACGCCGCGGGUUUCAGACGCCUGGCUGCUGCUGUCACGACGGCUACUCAGUCUGUUGUUUAUUCGUUUAAUUUCACGUUUUGUUGUCCACUCGAGCGGAGCCUGCAUCAGUUGAAGCUUCCCACCCUGUAUGCUGCACUGUGUUUGGAGGAGCACAUCACCUUUUUCUGCACCAGGGCGCUUCUUAAAGCUUCUUCCUCACCAUCAUCAGAGGCCCAGCAGCCCCGCACUCUUCUUCCUGACCAGUUUCUUCAGCUGCCAGCCCACCAUGUCAGGCACGAAACGCAAGGCAUCUUCUGCAACGGCUGGAAAGGAUCACCGUGCCAAGCAGCAGAAGCUGGCUCCCGUCAAGCAGGAGAAGAAGGAGAAAGUUGGGGGCUGGCUGCAGAGUCUUGUGCAGCAGCAGAGAUCAGAGAAGAAAGACGUGAAGUUCAACAAAAAGCGCCUGCGUUUUCUAUCUGAUACUGAAAAGAUAAAGCAGGGCUCAGAGGGUGUCCUCUACUGGAUGUUAAGAGAUCAGAGAGUACAAGAUAACUGGGCACUGAUCCAUGCCCAGCGGCUCGCCGUGAAGGAGAACCUCCCUCUGCAUGUCUGUUUCUGUUUGGUAGUGCCCAAAUCAGAGCUGUCUACUCUGAGACAUUACAGCUUCAUGCUGAAGGGGCUGGAAGAAGUUGCAAAGGAAUGUGAACAGUUAAACGUCCAGUUCCACUUGCUGCACGGCGCUCCGGGGAAAGUUCUCCCCGGCUUUGUGUCCGACCACAGCUUUGGGGCCGUGGUGACAGACUUCUCUCCUAUCAGAGAGCCGCUGCAGUGGUUGGAGGACGUCAAAAAGAAACUUUCCAAAGACAUUCCCUUCAUACAGGUUGAUGCCCACAAUAUUGUUCCCUGCUGGGUAGCUUCACCUAAACAGGAGUACUCCGCUCGGACGAUCAGAGGAAAAAUUACCAAUCUGUUACCAGAGUUCCUCACUGAUUUUCCCCUGGUAGACUCACACCCACACACUGCUACGAGAACCGCCAAAGGAGUAGACUGGGACAAAACCCUAGCCUCCCUGGAUGUUGACAGAAAUGUAAAAGAGCCAGAAUGGGCCAAGCCGGGCACCAAAGCAGGGAUGGACAUGCUGGAGUCCUUCAUUGAUGUACGACUUAAACUGUUUGGCAGCCAACGCAACGACCCGAACGCUCCCGCCCUGAGCCAGCUUUCCCCCUGGCUCCGCUUUGGCCAGAUUUCGGCCCAGCGUGUGGCUUGGCAGGUUCAGCGCAACGGGAAGAAUGCAAGUCAGUCCGUACCGGCCUUCAUCGAAGAGCUGGUGGUGCGUCGAGAGCUGACUGACAACUUCUGUUUCUACAACAAGAAAUACGACAGCGUGGAGGGUGCGUAUGAGUGGGCUCAGAAGACCUUAAAAGAUCAUGCCAAAGACGAGAGGCCGUAUCUCUACACGCGUGAGCAGCUGGAGAAAGCAAAGACUCAUGACAAGCUGUGGAACGCAGCUCAGUACCAGAUGGUUACAGAGGGGAAGAUGCACGGUUUCUUGAGGAUGUACUGGGCCAAAAAGAUCCUGGAGUGGACUUCUUCCCCAGAGGAGGCGCUCUCCAUCGCUCUGUACCUAAACGAUCGCUACGAGCUGGAUGGUCAAGACCCUAACGGCUUUGUCGGUUGUAUGUGGUCUAUUUGCGGCAUCCACGACCAGGGCUGGGCGGAGAGAGCCGUAUUCGGGAAGAUCCGCUACAUGAACUACAAAGGCUGCCUUCGGAAGUUUAACGUGGCUCAGUUUGAGAGAAAGUACUGUCCUAAAAGUCUUUGAAGCACGAUAUGUUUGGAGGGAUGCGUUAAAAGCGCUCGACAGCGUGGAUCUCCUACACCUUGGCCUCAGGGACAUUUUUUUCUUGUUACAGCCUUUCUGUUUUUUGUUCUGUUCUUCACAGCUUGUUUUGUUCAAAACAUUCGCUCUAUUCUUGCUUGCGUCGACACUUUUACUAAAUAUUCAGACGUGUUCAUGCAUAAUAAAACUGUAGGCUGUUUGUGGCAUUUUAAAGUGAGCUUUAGAGAAAGCACUUUGGGCUUUGUCAAUAUAAAAGCACCAUAAAAACAAUCACAUUACUACCGUCGUUCGGUUUUUAAUACAAGUUUGAAGUCAUUUUCUGUCCACUUGUAUCAUUUCCAACUCUCACUGUUAUUUCUUUAAACUUGAAAUAAAGCGUGUUUCUUUAACAGA